CCAUAGCGCUGUCUGUGGUCUUUCACGCUAGCUCCAAAGCAGCAGUUGAGGUGCUAAGUUUGCUUCCUUUUCGUAGAGGUCGGUCAAGUAUUGCACCUUCGCCAGCCUUUGGAUUAUUUCCGAGGCGGCCAGAAAUGGGAAGGAAAUGGCACGCCGUCGCGGCCCUGGCCAUAGCCUACACCGUCGUUGCCACCGUCGCCGCCGACGACAGGGGCCACUUGCUCGCUGGUACCGUUACGGCGCCGGAGGGAAGGAGCUCCCUGCGCAAUGUCACCAGCUUAGGCAGGACAACUUACCACCACGUUUGGCCGCCCAUGAAAGUUGGAUGGCGUGUUUUGCUGGGGUCAUUCAUCGUAUUCUUUGGGGCAGCGUUUGGCAGCAUUGGCGGGGUGGGUGGCGGUGGGAUCUUCGUGCCCAUGCUAACCUUGAUCAUUGGUUUUGAUACAAAAUCAUCGGCGGCGAUUUCAAAAUGCAUGAUCAUGGGAGCUGCUUUGUCAACUGUGUAUUGUAACCUCAAGUUAAAACACCCAAGUCUGGACAUGCCAUUGAUAGACUAUGAUCUAGCCCUGCUCAUACAGCCCAUGCUCAUGUUGGGGGUCAGCAUUGGGGUUAUUUGUAAUGUGAUAUUCCCUGACUGGCUUGUCACGGUGCUCUUGAUCAGCCUCUUUCUAGUUACUUCGACUAAAGCUUUUCUGAAGGGUGUUGAAACUUGGAAGAAAGAGACGUUAACUAAAAGGGAGGCAACAAAACAGUUAGAGCAAACCAGUAACAUCCAUAAACCUGUUGCUCUUCAUUCCCCAAAUGCAGAUAAUUGUUGCUCAUAUUUUCUUGAUCUACUAGGUGAACAAUGGGAGUAUACACUGCCGCCCUCAGGAGCAGAUGAUGCAGCUUCAAAAGCCCCGUCAGAUGAAGCGGUAUCUAUUUGGAAGAACAUAUAUUGGAAGGAGUUUGGCCUUCUUGCCUUUGUUUGGAUAGCAUUCCUUGUGCUUCAAAUCACCAAGGACUACGUGGCAACUUGCUCCACAUGGUAUUGGGUUUUAAAUAUACUCCAGAUCCCGGUGUCAGUUGGGGUAACCAUGUACCAAGCAGUAGGUUUGGCGCAGGGGAAGAGGGUGAUAUCAUCAAAGGCAAAUAAUCAGACCAGCCUGAAAGCUUAUCAGUUAUUUGUGUACUGCUCCUUGGGCCUCACUGCUGGCAGCAUGGGCGGUCUGCUUGGCGUUGGUGGGGGUAUCAUCAUGGGGCCCCUCUUCUUGGAGCUUGGUGUCCCUCCGCAGGUCUCAAGUGCUACAUCAACCUUUGCUAUGAUGUUCUCGGCCUCCAUGUCUGUCGUAGAAUAUUACCUCUUGAAGCGGUUCCCUGUACCGUAUGCUGCCUUCUUCACCAUAGUGGCAUUUCUCGCUGCAAUUGUUGGCCAGGGAGUUGUAAGGAAGAUGAUCAGUUGGUUAGGGCGUGCAUCGCUUAUCAUCUUCGUAUUGUCCUUCAUGAUCUUCAUCAGCGCACUUUCUCUAGGCGGAGUCGGCACCUCUAACAUGAUUCACAAGAUCACCCAACACGAGUACUUGGGAUUUGAGAACAUCUGCAAAUAUGAUGCAUAGGAAGCUGGCCUGCAGGCAUGAAUGCAAGAACAACAUGAUGCAAUGUGCAGUUUCAGUGGUUGGAACAUUGUGUGUGAGAUUGAAUAUAUGAGGUUGAACGACAAGGCUUAGGGAUCAGAAUACCAUCGUAGUUCAAGGUAGUAAUUUUUUUCUUUUUUGACGAACCUAGCAGUUGUGAUGCCUUUUCAAUUUGAAGGAAAGAACAGAGUCAAAUGAAGUAUUUGCCCUCCAUACGUGCCAUAUUAAAUGACUUUGUAUUACAUGUAUCUAGACGCUUUUUAGGCAUAAAUACAUCUAUAUUUGGGUAAA